CGAGGACGCCGCCCGACGCCGCUGCGUCACUGCGAAGGAGAGGGAGGAGGCUGCGAAGCGCUUGGAGACGGAGCUCGAGGAGCGCGUGAACGACCUGCAGGAGCGUGCAGCCACCGCCGAGGACGCCGCGCGACGCCGCUGCGUCACUGCGAAGGAGAGGGAGGAGGCUGCGAAGCGCCUGGAGACGGAGCUCGAGGAGCGCGUGAACGACCUGCAGGAGCGUGCAGCCACCGCCGAGGACGCCGCGCGACGCCGCUGCGCACUGCGAAGGAGAGGGAGGAGGCUGCGAAGCGCCUGGAGACGGAGCUCGAGGAGCGCGUGAACGACCUGCAGGAGCGUGCAGCCACCGCCGAGGACGCCGCGCGACGCCGCUGCGCCACUGCGAAGGAGAGGGAGGAGGCUGCGAAGCGCCUGGAGACGGAGCUCGAGGAGCGCGUGAACGACCUGCAGGAGCGUGCAGCCACCGCCGAGGAGGCUGCGAAGCGCUUGGAGACUGAGCUCGAAGAGCGCGUGAACGACCUGCAGGAGCGUGCAA